AAUAGCUGUUCUGAUGGAUUUGUCAGCUGCUUUCACCUACAUCGUCAUCGGUGUCAUUCUCCUCCUGCCGCCGCCAUGUGCACCCGACGACCGGCUUGUCGCCGGCAAGCCGCUCUCGCCUGGUGUCACCGUCGUCUCGGACGGCGGCGCCUUCGCCUUGGGCUUCUUCUCCCCCUCAAACUCCACCCCGGAGAAGAUGUACCUCGGCAUAUGGUACAACGACGUGCCACGGCACGGUGGUGUGGGUCGCCAACCGAGAAACCCCUGUCACGAAGCCGACGGCCGCGUCCGUUGGACGACGAACGUCACCGGCGCAGAUAGCCCCACGGCGGCGGAUGGCCCCGCCGCUGUGCUCCUGAGCACCGGCAACCUCGUCAUCCGGUCACCGAACGGCACCACCCUGUGGCAGAGCUUCGAGCACCCGACCGACUCGUUCCUCCCUGGGAUGAAGCUCGCGGUCGCGUACAGGACGCGCGUCUCCGAUCGGUUGGUGUCGUGGAGAGGCCCCGAUGACCCGUCGCCGGGGAGCUUCUCGUACGGCGGCGACCCGGACACGUUGCUCCAGGUGUUCCUCUGGAACGGGACGCGGCCGGUCACGAGGGACGGGCCAUGGACGGGCUACAUGGUGUCGAGCCAGUACCAGGCGAACACCAGCGACAUCAUCUACUUCUCCGUCGUCGACGUUGACGAGAAGAGAUACAUAACGUUCAGCGUCUCCGAGGGUUCGCCGCACACGAGGUACGUGCUGACCUACACCGGCAAAUACCAGCUCCAGAGCUGGAACAGCAGCUCGUCGGCGUGGGCCGUGCUCGGGGAAUGGCCGACAUGGGAGUGCAACCGCUACGGCUACUGCGGCGCGAACGGCUACUGCGACAACACGGUGGCGAAGGGGGCUGUCCCGACGUGCAAGUGCCUCGCCGGCUUCGAGCCGGCGAGCGCGGAGGAGUGGAGCAGCGGCCGGUUCUCGCGGGGCUGCCGGCGAAAGGACGCGGUGCAGUGCGGUCAUGACCGUUUCUUGGCCGUGCCGGGGAUGAAGUCGCCGGACAAGUUCGUGCUCGUCGCGAACAGGACGUUCGAUGCGUGCGCCGGCGAGUGCAGCCGGAACUGCUCGUGCGUGGCGUACGCUUACGCCAACCUGAGCAGCAGCAGAUCGAAGGGCGACAUGACGAGGUGCUUGGUGUGGUCAGGCGAGCUGAUUGACUCGGAGAAGGUUGGUGAAGCGUUCGGCAGCGACACUAUCUACCUCAGAAUUGUUAGCCUUGACGCGGCGCUGUACUGUUGCACAGGUGGAAGGACAGAGAACAAUGCUGUCAAGAUUGUGCUGCCAGUGUUAAGCAGUAUUGUUGUUGUCCUAAGCAUUUCAUUCGUGUGGUUCAAGAUCAAAGACAAGAAAAGAAACCGGGGAAAACAUAGGAAGCUAGUUUUGGAUGGUGCAAGUAAAUCCGAUGACAUAGGAGAAGGGAAUCCUGCCCACGAUCUUGAAUUCCCAUUUGUAAGAUUUGAGGAUAUUGCUCUAGCAACUCAUGAUUUCUCAGAAUCUUAUAAGAUUGGACAGGGAGGUUUUGGAAAAGUUUACAAGGCAGUGCUAGGUGAUCAGGAAGUUGCUGUUAAGAGGUUAAGUAGGGAUUCUCAACAAGGAACGGAGGAAUUCAGGAAUGAAGUUAUUCUUAUUGCGAAACUCCAGCAUAGAAAUUUGGUUCGCCUUCUUGGUUGUUGUGUUGAGGGAGAUGAAAAGCUGCUAAUUUAUGAAUAUUUGACUAACAAAAGCUUGGAUUCUACCCUUUUUGAUGUUUCAAGAAAAUUGAAACUAGACUGGACAACACGGUUUAAUAUAAUCAAAGGAGUGGCAAGGGGACUUCUGUAUCUGCACCAAGACUCCAGGUUAACCAUAAUCCACAGAGAUCUCAAAGCCGCCAAUAUUUUGCUAGAUGCAGAGAUGAAGCCCAAGAUAGCAGAUUUUGGUAUGGCAAGGAUCUUUGGCGAUAAUCAACAGAAUGCAAAUACACGCCGAGUUGUUGGAACAUAUGGUUACAUGGCUCCUGAGUAUGCAAUGGAAGGUAUAUUCUCCACUAAAUCCGAUGUCUAUAGUUUUGGUGUGUUACUAUUAGAAGUUGUAACCGGCAUAAGGAGAAGCUCCACUAGUAACAUCAUGGGCUUUCCAAACCUCAUAGUCUAUUCAUGGAACAUGUGGAAAGAAGGAAAGACCAAGGAUUUGGUGGACUCAUCAAUCAUGGAUAGUUGCUUAAUGGAUGAAGCUUUGCUCUGUGUCCAUGUAGCACUGUUGUGUGUUCAAGAAAACCCGGAUGACCGGCCAGUUAUGUCAUCUGUUAUGUACAUCCUGGAGAAUGGGUGUAGUACUGAACUUCCAUCCCCAAGUUGCCCUGGCUACUUUGCACAAAGGAGUUAUGUAAUAGAACAACUGAGAGAGAACGUUCAGAGCUCAACGAAUAACUUUACGCUAACAGAUAUAGAGGGGAGUGCAUCUUCUACUAUCUUCAUCGUCUUGCUCUUGCCGGGCUUGUGUGCAUCGGCCGGCAACAAGAUAGAGCUCGGCGAGCAACUCCUGCCCGGUCAAACCAGAGCCUCAGAGGGUGGCGCCUUCGUGUUGGGCUUCUUCUCUCCCUCCAACUCAACUCCGGCCAGGCAGUACGUGGGCAUAUGGUACAGCAACAUCCCCGACCGCACCGUGGUGUGGGUGGCCAACCGGGCAACUCCGGAGAUCACCGACCCAUCUUCCGCCGGCUCGUCCUUCGCGCCGAGGCUUGCGCUGACCAACGACUCCAAUCUCGUCUUGUCCGAUGCCGGCGGCCGCGUUCUUUGGACGACCAAUGUCACCGGCGUCGCGGCUGGCGCGUCCUCGCCGCCGGCAGCUGAGCUCCUCAACAGCGGCAACCUGGUCAUCCGGCUGAACGGCGUCAUUGUGUGGCAGAGCUUCGAUCACCCGACCGACACGUUCAUACCUGAGAUGAAGGUCACGCUGAACAAACGGACGCGGCGGGGCGCGCGCAUUGUGUCCUGGCAGGACGCCGGUGACCCCUCACCGGGGAGCUUCUCGUACGGCCUGGACCCGGACACGUCCCUCCAGCUUGUCAUGUGGAACGGGUCCAGGCCGUACUGGCGCACCACCGUCUGGACGGGCUACCUGACAUCCGCCCAGUUCCUCAGCGGCGGCACCACCAUCUACCUCGACGUCGUGGACACCGAGGAGGAGUUCUACAUGAAGCUCAGGGCCUCCGACGGCGCCUCGCCGACGCGGUACGUCGUGACCAGCUCCGGCAAGUUCCAGCUCCUGAGCUGGAGCAGCAAGUCGUCGGAGUGGAUCACCUUCGACUCGUUCCCGACGCACCAGUGCAGCGUCUACGGCUACUGCGGGCCGUACGGCUACUGCGACUUCACGGGUGCCGUCUCGACGUGCAAGUGCCUCGACGGCUUCGAGCCGGCGAGCGGCGACGAGUGGAGCGCCGGCAGGUUCUCGGGGGGUUGCCGGCGGAAGGAGGCGCUGCCGUGCGAUGGCGGCGGCGGGCACGGCUUCUUGGAGCUGCCGCGGGUGAAGGUGCCGGACAGGUUCGUGAUGUUCGUCGAGAACAUGACGUUCGACGAGUGCGCGGAGAGGUGCCGCCGGAACUGCUCGUGCGAGGCGUACGCGCACGCCAACCUGCUUGGUGUGGACUCACGGCUUGAGGCGGGCCGGCGGAAGGGGGGCAUCGCCCGGUGCUUGGUGUGGACUGGGGAGCUCGUCGACAUGUCCAUUAUCGGCAACACUACCUGGGGCCCCGCCGCCGAGACGCUCUACCUUCGUGUUCCUGCCAAUUCCACAGGUAGCAGGGCAAGGAGAAAUGUUGUGAAAAUUGUUAUGUCAGUAUUGGCCAGUGCUUUAAUGCUCUCUUGCAUUUUCUUUUGUUUCUACAAGUUCAGAGGUACAAAUAGAAGAAGAAAAGAAAGCCAGAAGAGGUUGAUUCCUGGAAGUGGGAAUACUUCCCAUGAACUUCUUGAGGACAAUCCCACUCAAGAUCUUGAAUUUCCAUCCAUACGAUUCAGUGAUAUUGUCGCUGCAACAGACAACUUCUCCAAAUCAUUUUUUAUCGGACGUGGAGGAUUUGGCAAGGUUUACAAGGUAACAUUAGAAAAUGGACAAGAAGUUGCAAUCAAAAGGCUCAGUGAGGAUUCUGACCAAGGAAUAGAGGAGUUCAAAAAUGAGGCAAUUUUGAUUGCCAAAUUACAGCAUAGGAACUUGGUUCGACUUCUCGGCUGCUGCACUGAGGGAUUAGAGAAGUUGCUGAUAUAUGAAUACUUACCUAACAAAGGCCUAGAUGCUAUUCUUUUUGAUAGUGCGAGAAAAUCACUGUUAGACUGGCCGACACGAUUUGGGAUAAUCAAAGGCAUUGCUAGGGGACUUCUUUAUCUACACCAAGAUUCAAGAUUAACGGUAAUACAUAGAGAUCUUAAGGCGAGCAAUAUUUUGCUAGAUGCUGAGAUGAGGCCCAAAAUAGCAGAUUUUGGUAUGGCCAAAAUUUUUGGUGAAAACCAGCAAAAGGCGAAUACUAAACGAGUUGUGGGAACAUAUGGCUACAUUGCUCCUGAAUAUUCUACCGAGGGCAGCUUUUCUAUCAAGUCUGAUGUCUAUAGCUUUGGAGUCCUGCUCUUGGAGAUUGUAAGUGGUAUCCGGAUAAGCUCUACUGAUAUCAUGGAGUUUCCAAGCCUUAUAGUCUAUGCAUGGAGCCUAUGGAAGGAAGGCAAGGCAAAAAACCUGAUAGAUUCAACCAUCGUGGAGAGCUGUUUAUUGGAUGAAGUCUUGCUCUGCAUCCACGUCGGGCUCUUGUGUGUAGAAGACAACCCGAACAGUAGGCCGCUCAUGUCAUCUGUUGUGUCCAUCUUGGAGAAUGGAAGCGGAGUAUUUCUGGCAAUGCCAAAUCAACCUGCAUAUUUCACACAGACGACAAGUGAAAUGGACAAAAUGACAGACGAGAACUCUAGAAACACCAUGACUAUAACAGCUUUUCAAGGACGGUAGAGCAACUCUCUUUAGAACCUUUCAUCAUUUUUUGCCGGGGCAGAACCUUUCAUCAUUGGUACUCCUUUUGACGUGGGAUGCUCAAUGCCUUCAUAUAUGUGAGCAUGAGAAAGAGAGUAAAUAUUAAGCUAUAGUGGAAGUGCAAACGAGCGAGAACACAAAGAACUGAAGUCUCCAGAGACCAGGGGAAAAGUGAAAACUGGUGAGAUUCUCAGAAGCAAUGUUGGCUGGAACUCUGAAACUGAAAUUGUGGGUUAAAUACAUAGUUGAUUUUCUAACAGCUGUACAUUACACAUUGAUACCCACAGCUGGCAUCUUGUAGUAUAAACUAGCCUGUAGAUUAAAUUGUGACCCCUUUUUUUCCUUGCAAUUUGCAAAGUGUG